GUUUUUCUCAUACGUCAUUGAGCAUCAUAAUAAUAUGGUGAUGGUGAGAUGAGAUGUGCUGGUGUUGUUGGUUGUUGUUUUGCAGUGUUUAGCUAAUGUGUGUUAAUGACAUCUUGUAAUAACUAUUGCAAAUGCAGUGUGGUGAACUUAGGUAUCGUGAAGUGACCAUAAUGACACAGGGAACUAGUUCUGUGGAUAGAAAUUCGAAAAAACCAGAGAAGGAAAGUAUUCACUCUGGCCAUUUCAUGGUAUCAAAUUUUGAAUUAGAAGCUCAGGCAGAUGAAGAUUGGCCCAGUGUCGCAGUUCCAGUACCUGAACCAGAGGAGGAGACAAAUGUCACCCUUGCUACUACCAACAGACGUAACAUAGAAACUUUCAUUAGUCGAAGUCAUGUAGAGAAAACCCAAGUAUCCAUCGAGACGUCGCUUGCCAAGUUGUUCCAAUGCAUGUCUUUGGUGUACAGACAAAAGUUGACGUCUCCGAAAUGGAAUCGCUUCAAAGGCAUCAGGCUUCGGUGGAAGGACAAAAUUCGGCUGAACAACGUGAUCUGGCGCUGUUGGCACAUGCAGUUUAUUAUGAAGAAGAACACUUUGGUGUGCCAGUUUGCAUCACCUUUGGAUGUAGACACACACAACAAGCCAGAGGCUGUGGUGCUAGAGGGGAAAUACUGGAAGAGGAAGUUGGCAGCUGUAACCGCAGAGUACAAAAAAUGGCGCCUGUUCUAUCGAAACAGGGCGAUGGGCUGGCCAUCCAAAGAAGGACCAGACAUUCUCUCGGAGAUGGACUUGUUCGACUGGCAGCCUCGAAGCAACGACAGCGUCCACUCCAUGGGAUCCAUGAUGGUGGAUGAAGACUACAUGGACUUCAUGAGUGACACCUUGUUCUCCACGAUCACCUAUAACCAGCCGUUUGCCUUCCCGGACACCAGGGAGAUCACUCGAGCUACAAGCAUCGCAGACUUCAUGCAGCCUAGUUUGGUCCAGCUGCAGCCAAACUUGGAUGACUUCAUGGACACCUUAGAACCCCUUCAAGAUCUCUUCUACAGCCGGCUACCGUCUGUACCUGAAGAACCCACCGCCGAUGUGGACUGCCGUGGCAUCAAGGCACUGGGCAACACCUGCCCAGACCUUGACAUGCUGACUGCACUGCCGUUCAUGGAGCAUGUGCAGCAGCAACAGCAGCUGCAGAUGCAGCAGCAGAAGUUGCAGCAGCAGUUGCAACAGCAGCAGCAGAAGUUGCAGCAGCAGCAUUUGGAACAGCAGCAGAAGCAUUUGGAGCAACAGCAGAAGCUGCAGCAACAGCAACAGUUAGAGCAGCAGCAGAAGUUCCAGCAACAGUUGCACUUGCAGCAGAUGCAACAGCAACAACAGCAGCGGCAACAGCAACAGCAACAGCAACAGCAGCAACUGCAACAGAAGUUGACUGCAGCUCAAACUUCUACUGUUAAUAAUUAUUCCUCAACGUUAGUUAACUCCAACUUCCAUCCAGUUGCUCAGGAUUACACUCAAGCCAACCUGCAGCAACAGCAGCAGCGGUCGGGGAAGGAGCGAAGCCAGCGGAUGUCCCAGAGCAGUCGGAGCGGCAGGCCGCCGCAACAGGCGUCCUGCCAGCAGCCGCCCAUGUUCAACUCCCAGCAGCAGCAGCAGCAGCAGCGAAGCUCGGUGGGGGUGUUUGCGAACCAAGUAUACCCCCUCCCUGAGGCGGAGCGGCCUCUGGGACUGCCCAGCUCCCAGCCGCAGCCGUCGCAGACCGUCUCCCCGACGGACGCACGCUCGUUCAAGUUCAACGGGGCGGUGCAACAACAACAGCAGCAGCAGCAGAGUUGCAGGUUCAACCCAACAUCAUCGAACCGAGGCUAUAAAAUGUACAACCAUUCGUCAUCGCCACCGGUAGCGGCUAUGUCAGAAGCAACGAUCUCGUCACCUACUCUCAGUCCCCAGCACUCGGCCAAUAUUUCACCAACUCUAAAGCCUCGGGUAGAUGACAAAUUCUCCUUACCAAAGGCGGUGGACGUGUGCGGGCAGUACAGCCAGCCCGGCCGGCGGUCCCAGAGCAGCUCGUCUCAGCCCCGGCCGCUGCUCUCGGCGGGGAGCGACCCGUCCCUCACCGCCUCGCUGGGGGCGGGCGUCCUGCCGCCGCUCCUCGCCAAGCUGCUCACCACCUCCAAUACCGUGGGCUCGCCUGUGGAGAAAGGCGGGCACAAGAACUCGGUCGUGCCGAUACUGCCCAUGCCGUCCUCGUCUGGCAGCGGGGGCUCAGGAUCGCAGUCUGCCACAGCCCUUCUCAUCUCCACCCCUGUCACAAUGGCACAACUGCAGCAGCAAUCGUCCACCCAGUACGUUCUGCGUCGUGACGAACAGAUCCUCCUGAACUCUGCGGCGUCGGGAGGCCGCGGGACGGACUCCCUGUCCGACAGCUCCACGGUCGCGUCCCCGGGGGGCCUGAACCUCUCCCCGCUGUCCUCGCCGCUGGACCUCGGCAGCCCGAUCUCCCCGCGGCCGCGCAACAACUCGGACCCCUCGCACCAGAGCAAGGCCUUGCAGAAGAUGGUGUCCUCCAUACCUCCUCCCAAGGAGCACCGGCGCGCAUGUCACAUCAACGCAGAGCAGAAAAGGCGCUGCAACAUCAAAAACGGGUUCGACAUGCUCCACUCGCUGAUUCCGCACCUGCACAUGAGCCCCGCCGCCAAGCUGAGCAAGGCCGCAAUGCUCCAGAAGGGGGCCGACUACAUCCGGCAGCUGCGCUCGGAGAGGGCUCAGCUGCGCGACGAGAUGGACAGCCUGAGGAAACAGAUCGACUGUCUCAACUCUGCCAUCAGCAACUGCCAGUCCUUGUUGCCUGCGACGGGUGCCCCUGUGUCGCGACAGAGGACCAACAAGAUGAAAGAAAUGUUCGACGAGUACGUUCGGAUGCGGACACUCGAAAACUGGAAGUUCUGGAUUUUUAGCAUAUUGUUUGAGCCUCUGUUGGAAACAUUCAACUCUGCUGUGUCAACAUCGAGUUUAGAAGAUCUGUAUAGAUCAACACUUCUGUGGGUGGAACAGCACUGCUCUUUAGUUGAGCUUAGGCCUGCUGUCCUCAACUCGUUGCGGUACCUCUGCACGAGCACAGACAUCCUGACGAACCCCGGCAAGCUGCCCGAGGAGGCGCGCCGCGCCGCCAACAAGCGGGCGUGCCCGGGGGGCUCGGCGCAGUGACGGCACGAGGCUCGAAGCACGGGGUGAGCAGCUCGUGCUCUGGCCGAGCAUGUCGCAGGAGACGUCGGUGGCACCGAGCGGUACGCGUCGCGGCCGCAUUGCAUUCUGGGGAAGCGUCCAUGACGAGCGUGAUGCUCUCAUGGUUUGAAGGCAUUGGAAGAAUAGUGAGAACUGCCUGUAAAUAGUUUCUAUGAUGCCAUAAUUUUUUUUUUUUGUUUUUUCACGAUAAGAGGAACUUUUUUUUAUGUUGACUUUUAUUACUGUCAGAUUUUGGCCCCUUAUAAAGUCAGUCAUAGUAAAAUGGUCUUUUUUAGCUUACAUUAAGGAAUGAAAAUACUAUAAAAUUACACAGAAUUAUAAAAGUUGUUAAAAUUGUUUUACUGAUGGUAAAUGCUGUUUUAAUGGAAGUGUUUUGUUGUAAUAAAUAUAUAUAUAUAUAUAUAUUGGUUUUGAAUGAAUAAAAUUUAAAAUGUUUUGUAGUAAAAUGUUA